AUGGAAUACAUUUCCAGCAGUUUUGUGAGAAAUUUGUGGGGAUGUUCUUAUGCCGAUUGGUGCUAUGUUGCUUCCAGAAGGGCUUUGGGUGGCAUUUUGUUGAUGUGGGAUAGAAGGGUGGUCAUGAAGAUAGAGGGGCUUAUGGAUCUCCCCCUUGCGGGAGGGACGUUUACAUGGUCUAACACCUACUCUCGGUCUAGGAUUGACCACUUCUUAGUUUCUCUGGAAUGGGAAGUCAGAUAUCCUGCUCUUAUUCAAAAGAGGAUGCUUAGAUUGUGUUCGAAUCAUUUUUCCAUCUUGCUUGAUUGCGAUUGCAUGCUUAGGAGUAAGAGGCCUUUCAAAUUUGAGAAUAUGUGGUUGAAAGCUUAUGGGUUUGUGGAUAGGCUUAAGGCUUUAAAGGCGAAUAUCAAAAGAAGAAAUGAGCAUGAAUUUGGCAAUGUGAGUGCUCUUUGCAAAGAGAAAGCUGAAGAAUUGACGGCUAUGGAUAGAUUGGAGGAAGGGAGAGAUUUAGGAGAAGAAGAGAAGGAAAGAAAAAGGGUGAUUAUUAGUGAGUUGGAGACUUCUCUUUUACAAGAGGAAUUCAGUUGGAGACAAAAAUCUAGGGUCCAAUGGCUUAAGGAGGGUGAUAAGUGCUCUAAGUUUUUCCAUCGGAUUUCCAAUUCGAAUAGAAGAUGCAAUUCCAGUGAGUCUCUAUCUAUCAAUGAUUCUCCUUCAUCCAAUCAAACCGUCAUUAGGGACCAAGUUGUUCAAUUCUAUGAGUCUUUGUUCUCUGAACGUUGUAGGUGGAGGCCUAGGUUGGAUAAUCUUGAUUUUGAUUCUUUGGAAGCGGGUGAGGCCGAUCAGCUAGAAGUUCCUUUUGAGGAAAGGGAGGUUUUGGAGGUGGUGAAAGGCAAAGGUUCCAGGUCCGGAUGCCUUCUCUAUGGCAUUCUUCCAAGAUUGCUGGGAAGUGAUCAAGGAAGACAUUAUGGCGGUUUUUUCAGAUUUUUAAGUUCGUGGAUGAGAAGGGUUGUGGAUAGGGUGAUCUCAAAGCCUCAGAAUGCGUUCGUUAAAGGUAGGCAAAUCAUGGACUCGGUUCUUAUUGCGAGUGAGUCCUUGGAUAGUCGUAUUAGAUAUGGUGAACCGGGGUUGUUUUGUGAACUGGAUAUGGAGAAGACUUAUGAUCAUAUUGAUUGGAAAUUUCUUUUGUAUUUACUCAAGAGGCGUGGGUUUGGUGAGAAAUGGUGUUCUUGGAUAGAGCAUUGUAUAUCAACUAAGCUCUCGAGGGUUGAGGCAGGGGAUCCUUUGUCUCUGUUUCUAUUUGUCGUUGUUAUGGAGGUGCUUAAUAGGAUGAUUGCCUCUUCUAUCGAUAGUGGUUUUAUCUCGGGCUUUUCAGUGGGAGUUAGACUGUCUGAGAGGGUUAACAUCUCUCACAUCUUGUUUGCAUAUGAUACUUUGGUUUUCUGUGGGGCGAAUCUUGAUCAAGUUCGCUCCAUUAAAGCCUUACUUGUUGCUUUGAAGCUGUUUCUAGUUUGA